AUGGCGAGACGUUCGAGACUUGUAAGAAAACAAUCACUUUUCGAAAAGAUCAGAUAUUAUCCGUUUGAUUUGUUUCUUCAGAUUAACGAGUCCCGCUUGUCCAUAGACUGGGACGAUUAUGUUCCUCAAACUAUUCCCUUGGGCACUGGCCUCACUGUUCUCUUUGCAUUGUUUUGCAAGAUCCACAACUACUACAUCACCUCAAUCGAGAGAAGAGAAAAUGCGGUUUUCAACACAAACCAAAUUGUUUACCAGCGCGCCGUGAAUAGAGCAAUCUAUGGGCUUGAGUCGGACUCUUAUUCUCCUCAGAAGUUCACCACGAAGGCGGCGGGCCGCCAUCUUGCGUUCGGAUUCCAAUUUAUUUGCUCGGUAAUCUUCUUAAUUUCUGCUUUGAAUGCUGUUUAUGUCAUGUACUUCCCUUACAGAGACUAUAACUUUGCUCAGUCUGUCAGCGGAUCGUCCCAAACCAAGAGGCUCGCAUGUAUCUAA